CUCAACCGCAUCGUAGCGGACACACCCCUGACUAGUAUCCUGUGGCGGAGCAGAGCCGCUCUCGUCUUCCCCGAAAGCUCUUCUUGCUUGCUUUCCUUCGCUUCCCUUGUUGAUUCCUCUAUACUCUAUAUACACAGGAACACAUUAAUCAAUCGAUUGGAUUGGUGAGAUGUAUCUAGGGCUGGGGAGACUCGUAGCGCGGAUUCCCCUCCGACCUCGUUGCUCCAAGAACGACUCUCGAUCCCCGGAGAAUGGCAAGAACGAUAAAGGUGAUAGGCUGUCUACAGAUUGGGACAAGGCCUGGUCUAAGUUUCGGAAGAAGGCAAAGAAAUCUAUGUUCUCCGAGUUGAAGCCAGACAAAUAUGUCAGCUGGAAUCCAAGGCGUUCUGACUACCCAUUGUCAGAAGAAGUAGAUCCCAUAAAAAGAACAGAGAGGUCCAACCUCAUGUUAUGGACAAGUCCAAAGUUUACCUUGGUUGGAGCUAUCAUUGUGGUCUCAAUGCUUCUCAUUUACACUCUUUUAGCCCCGCUUAAGUGAUCUCCUCGAUCCGUAUUAGAAUCCAUGUAAAAGUCUUAUAUAGUCUUAUAGACAGUAUGUAGUAUGGAUUGAUUGACCAACAGAAACUAUGACUGCAUUAUGUAAAAUUAUCCAUGUGAUUAUAACCAGCUUCCUUCUUUUUAUCA